AUUGGCACAUCGUUUGCAGACUUGGGAUGCAUUCCUGGCCCUUGGUGUGAGAAACAAGCUUGUUGAAUUCAUUCCCAUGUGGUUUUGUUCUUAUCCUCUGAACAUAAGAAUCUAUCGUAAGGAGGACAAAUUAAUAGAUGAAGUUAAAAUUGACAUAUGCCAUCUCAGUCGUUCGUUGUACGAUCAUGAAACUGAUCUCCCAGUGGAAGCAGAUUAUUUUUCUCCUCCAGUUCGGCAUUAUUUGUUGGCUAAUAUAUUUAAAAUAUGAUUCUAACGAAACCAUCAAUUUGCAGUUCUUCUACGAGGCAAAUCCGGUCUCCAAGAGGAUCCCUAACUUCACCUUGACUCCACCUUUGAAAUGUGAUGGUGAAGAUCAUUUUCUAGUUAUACUGGUCGCGACGAGACCGAAUGAAGGUGAAGCGCGGCGGGCGAUCAGAGUUACAUGGGGACAAAAACGGACGUGGCUGGGCAAAAAUGUCCUGACUCUGUUUCUGAUCGGAAAAGAUGGUGAGCGCUGGAAUCCCGGGAAGCAAUCAAUAGAAGAAGAGUAUGUCCAGUACGGAGAUAUAAUCAGACAGAAUUUCAUAGAAUCUUAUAAUAACCUGACUCUGAAGACGAUAAUGGGAUUUCAGUGGAUUUCAGAAUUUUGCCCCAAUGCUGAAUAUGUGAUGAAAGUUGAUUCGGAUGUAUUUGUAAAUGUGAAGUAUUUAGUCAAUUUCCUGCUAAAGACGAACAAGAUUAUUUCCGAGUUUUUCACGGGCUUGCCCUUCAUCAACACUAAACCGCACCGAGGUUUCGUUGCAAAGGCGUACAUUUCUACAACAGACUACCCUUUCAGUGUGUAUCCUCCGUACUGCAGUGGACUUGGUUACGUCUUCUCUGGGGAGUUGAGUUUAAAGAUUUAUGAGAUGAUGGGCCACGUGAAGCCAGUUAAGUUUGAGGAUGUCUUUGUUGGAAUUUGUUUGAAGCUGUUAGGUGUGAAACUACAUAUACCGGAUAAAGAAUUGUUCUUCAUACAAAAGCCAAAGUUUGACAAGUGUCUGUACAGCAGGUUAAUUGCAGUACAUGGCGUCUCUCCAUGGCAGUUGACCAAAUAUUGGGAGGAUCUCCGAGACUUGGAGAUCAGUUCCUGUUGAACGAUGUGUCGAAAAUAUAUGUCUGAAAUGUUAUGUUACAUUGCCUUCUGUCUCUUUGGUUGUAAUUUGACUGGAACAGCUGUGCAGUGCAAUCUCUCAUUACAUUAGCAGGUUUAAUCC